AUGGUCCGGGGAGAAUCGCCGCAGCUCGGAUAUUCCGUAUCUGCAGUCGUCGUCGACUGGGAAGGAACGAGGCCAAGGAGGAAAAAGGUUCGUGGUGGUUUUGAAGAUUCACGGUUCCCAGGCAAAGGCGACGAGCUAUCAAACAAGUCGGAUGAUGAUCGGAUAAUUGCCCGGCAGCAGCUGGUGGCGCUUCUCUUUUGUUUUUUAGCGGUUGUUUUAGUGGCCAGUGCGCUGUGGGGUUCCAGCUCGAUGCGCUGGACGAAACCGCUCCGCUGGUGUCACUCAACUCAACCUCGACACAGUCCCCGUUGUAGCCGAUCCCGUGCCGACCACCUGAGCGAAUACGCUGCCUUGAACAUGGCCAAGAAAUUAUCGCCUCUGGCCUUUACACAGACUGUGGUCAAGUCAUUCAUGGCUCAGUCCGGUCUGGAGCCGCAAUUGCUUGGUGCUAGCCGGUUUCGUGUAACAAGUGCUGCCAAGGGCAAGGUCGACUUUGAGCUGGAUAUACACAAAGAUCACACUAACCGUUUGAAUACGAUACAUGGGGGUACACUGGCAGCCAUUGUCGACUUGGGAGGCAGCUUGGCCGUCUCGUCGCAUGGAAGAUGGAAGACGGGUGUGUCCACCGACAUUAACAUCAGCUACCUUAACCCCGGCGGUAAGCCUGGCGAUAUCCUCAAGGGCGUAGCCGUUUGCGACAAGAUCGGCAAGACACUGGCAUAUACGACGGUGCAUUUCUUCAACAGCAAAGGCCAACUAGCAGCUCGAGGAAGCCACACAAAGUUUGUUGCUGGCACGGACAAUGAGCUGGGAGACUUUGUCGUUCCCGAGGAGUUCUCCGAGGUGGAUUAG